ACCCUUCUUCCAGGCGUGCAAAAAAAAAACAUUUAGGCCCAAAAAGCGAGAAUUCUGGCGAUUUGCAGCGCUAUUCCGGCAGCAUGCGUGGACACUGAGGCGAGCCACGCCCAGCGAGAGUGACAAUGACGGAGAACACAGAGAAAGCGGCGAGCGUGGAGCCGCCACAACUGGCGGAGUCUCAGCCAAAUCCUCCUGACCAGGAGCCACUUGCCCUGGCCGAGGUUCCGCCAAUCAAGGUGAAGAGCGAGCGGCCGGACGCCGAGGUGGAGGCCAAACUCCGCGCUCUGAACGCCAAGAUUAAGGCUGAAUCACUGGCCCCCCAGCGGCGGAGCAACAGCAAGGAACAGGAGGAGGAAACGGAGGACAGCGACAGCUCCUCCUCGACGGAGGACAAGAAGGCCAUUGUGCCGGUGAAGUCCUCCAACGAGAUCCUCGCCGAGCUGUUCGGCGUGUUCAACGCUGCUCCUCCGGAGGAACUGCUGGACGACAAGAAUCUGCUCAAGAAAAAGAAGAAGGUCAAGAAGGAGAAGAAGGAAAAGAAGGCCAAGAAGAAGAAGCCGUCCAAGUCGGAUGGCGAAUGCAGCGAAUCGGAGGCCGAAGGAAACAAGCACAAGCAUAAACACAAGAAGCACAGGCACAAGCAUAAAGAGGGCAAGGUCAAGGACAAGGAUAAAGAUCGUGUCCGAGAUAGGGACAAAUCCAAGGAGAAGAUUGCCACUACGGCACCAGUUCCCGCACCCGCUGAGAAAGAGAAGGAGAAAGAAAAGUCUGAGAGCAGAAAGCGAAGCGCUGCGGAGUCUGUUAGCCAGACGACGUCCCAUCCUGUCAAGCGGGAGCGGCAUGAAAGAGACAAGGAACGGGAUCGGGAACGCGAGAGGGAGCGGGAAAAGGACCGCGAAAGGGAGCGGGAAAAGGAGCGUGAAAAGGAGCGUGGCCGUUCCCACAACAGCUUCUACAACGGACACCGGGAAUCGGAACGCUCGAGAGGAUCUGAGGCGGGCAGAACCAAAUCCCGACACUCACGCGACCUUUCCGAUGUCUCGCUCUCCGACGAGGAGUCCUACCUCCGGGAGAAGGCCUCCAAUGGCCGCCGACGGCCGCACAACAGCUUCUACGACGGCAAGGAGGAGCCCAGGAACCCCAGGAAAAAUCGAAGGUCCAGAUCUCGCUCCCGCGAACUCGGCAUCGACAAGAAGCGCCUGCUCGAGAUUGCGCGCAAGAACGCCAUCGCCAUGUUCAAGCGAGGCACUCUGCCCGGCGUGGCCAACAUGACGCCGGAGUUCAAGGACAAGGUGCUGGUCAAGAUGCGCUACGGCGGACGCACUGUCCAGGAUCUGACCGACUUCUGCAAGAAGAUCUCCAACGGCGACGGGCUGUCCGAUCUGAGUUCCGACGAGGAUUCCGAUGUGGACAAGAAUGGCAAUGCGAAAGCCUUUCAUCAUCCCUUUCAGCUGAAGGAGCGCGAGCCGAUUGUCAUGCACAUAAGGAACUCAACGGCUCUGGUUCCCUUACCCUCCCGACAGGACGACCAAACGAAGGCGAUAACCAUGCAGUUUCCAGUGUCAUCGGGCCAGACGCAUCGCAAUAAUGAGGUGUGGGUGCCGGUGGAGCGCAAGGAUUCGUUGGUGCCGCUGCCCUCGCUGCCUCCGGCCAAACAAGCUACCAAUAUGUUCAAGGAAACGCCGAAGAACGUCUUCGCCAAGUCGAUGCCUUCGCAGGAGCAGCAGGAGCCCGCCUUUAAGCCGGUGGGCGGAGCACCUCUUAUGCCAGCCGCAGCUGCAACUCCCUCUCCCGCUAUUCCCCAACCCGUCCCGCCGCCCAAAGAGCCUCCAAUGGCUGCUGCUCCAUUUGUACCCGAGGUGCCCAUCCCAUCGGCGGCACCAGCGACGCCUGCGCCAAGUGCUUCCAUCUUUCCGGAGGUGACGCCGCCCUCCAUGGAUGUCUCCAGCAUAAUCACCCAGCGCCUGAGUGCCAUUCGCCGGCUGCAGGACAAUCCGGCCGACUCUGAGGCUCUGAAGAUGAUGUACAAUGCGCAGCGGAACAUGUCAUCCUGGGCCAACUCAAAGCACCUGCCCGGCCAGUUCACGGGGAGUACGGGUGCCCAGGUGAUGAAGGCCCACGAGCUGAACAGCGGGCCGCAGCUGUGGGUGCGCAAGGACCAAAUGACCUCCACCAAACCGGUGACUGGUGGCAUGGGAAUGGCGCUGCUGCAGAAGAUGGGCUGGAAGCCGGGCGAAGGGCUGGGCAGAUGUAAAACAGGAUCCCUGCAGCCUCUUCUACUGGACGUGAAGCUGGACAAGCGAGGCCUGGUGUCGCGCGAGGACCUCAAGCAGCCGCCAACGCGUCCGUCGGGCGCCCAGCGAAGGAACAAGAACGCAGCCGGCCCAGCCGGAGGUGGUGGUCCUGGGGGAGCGGCAACGGGAGGAGCGGGAGCGCCACUGGUCACCCAGGACAAGCAUCCCGUGUGUGUGCUCAACGAACUGACCUCAAAGAACAAGUGGACGCCGCCGCAGUACAAGCUGCGCCAGGAUAUCGGACCCGCCCACAACCGCUCGUUCCUUUUUUCGGUUGAGAUCAACGGGCAGACGUACACGCCGGAAAGGGGAUGCAACAACAAGAAGGAGGCCAAGCUGAACGCGGCCGCGAUUUGUUUGAGAGCUUUAGGCAUCCUUCCGCCCAGUUAGUGAUGGAACUAGGCCUAGGCUAAUUUCUAGUUAGUAAAUAGCAUAGAAUCCCGAAACUGUAUAUAAAGAUAGCAAUA